GGACUGGCACUGCUUGGAUAAAUAUGACCGUCUAGAAGAUCUGAAAGUUAAGUUUCUAUGAAGAAAUAAACCACCUCUCCUGAGUUUGGAGCAAUGCUGAAAUUCCAAGAGACUGAUAAGCUUGGACCAAAGGCUGUCGGAUCAUGGCCUGUUUCCACUUACCCAGAGACUCUGAUUGCAAGGAGAUAUGUGCUUCACCAGAAACUCGGCAGUGGCAGUUUUGGAACUGUUUAUCUGGUUUCAGAUAAGAAAGCCAGACAAGGAGAGGAACUGAAGGUACUGAAGGAAAUCUCUGUUAGAGAACUUAAUCCAAAUGAGACGGUACAGGCCAAUUUGGAAGCCCAGCUCCUUUCCAAGCUGGACCACCCAGCCAUUGUCAAAUUCCAUGCUAGCUUUGUGGAACAAGAUAAUUUCUGCAUCAUCACGGAGUACUGUGAGGGUCGAGAUCUAGACUAUAAAAUUCAGGAAUAUAAAGAAGCUGGAAAAACUUUUUCAGAAAAUCAAAUAAUAGAAUGGUUUAUCCAGCUGUUGUUGGGAGUUGACUAUAUGCAUGAAAGGAGGAUACUUCAUCGAGACUUGAAAUCCAAGAAUAUUUUUCUGAAAAACAACCUGCUUAAAAUAGGGGAUUUUGGCGUUUCUCGGCUCCUAAUGGGAUCCUGUGACCUAGCCACGACUCUGACUGGAACUCCCUACUAUAUGAGUCCAGAGGCUCUGCAACACCAAGGCUACAAUACCAAGUCAGACAUCUGGUCUCUGGCCUGCAUUUUGUAUGAGAUGUGUUGCAUGAAUCAUGCCUUCACUGGCUGCAGUUUCCUGUCCAUUGUUCUGAAGAUUGUUGAAGGCGACACACCGUCUCUCCCUGAGAAGUACCCAAGGGAACUCAACGCAGUCAUGGAAAGCAUGUUGAGCAAGAGUCCUGCAUCGAGACCAUCUGCUAUAGAAAUUUUAAAAACCCCUUACAUUGAUGAACAGCUACAGCAGCUGAUGUGUAAAUACUCAGAAAUGACUCCAGGAGGGCAGAAUUGGAAUUGUCAGCAGGAAGCUGCUCAUAUAAUUAAUGCUGUGCAAAGGAAGAUCCACCUGCAGACUCUACGGGCCUUGUCUGAAGUGCAGAAAAUGACUCCGAGGGAAAGGAUGCGGCUGAGGAAGCACCAGGUGGCCACUGAGAGAGCCAGGAAGUUGAAAAAGCUGGUGGAAGAAAAAUAUGAAGAAAAUAGCAAACGAAUGCAAGAAUUGAGAUCGCGGAACUUUCAGCAGCCGAAUGCUGAUGUACUCCAUGAACAGCAGCAGUUAAUGCGAACAGAGGGAAAGGAGGAACUAUCUGAGGGAAGGCUUUCUUGUUCGCUCCAGGAGGAGGAUGAAGCCAGGAGGCCAGGCAGAAGAGAGAAAUCUGAUGAUCUGAUUUCAGAGGACCCACUGGAACCUCAGCUCAUGUCUUCCCUGGACCUUGAUGUACUUCAGUCACGUGCAGAGGACACCAGAGCUGACCUUGGAGGUCCUGAGAUCCCAGAAGAUCCACUCAAAGCUGAAGAGUAUUAUGCUGAUGUGUUUGAUUCCUGUUCAGAAGAGAGUGAGGAGGAGGGAGAAGAAACAGUGUUCUCAGGAUCAGAGGAGGUCAGCGACGAUGGACUCCAGCCUGCUCACAGGACAAAUCAACAGGACAGUGAUAUUGAAUCGCUGGUCAGAUGUUUGGAAAAUGUCUUGGGUUGCACCUCUCUUGACACGAGGACCAUCACCUGCACAGCUCCAGAUAUGUCCCCAGAAGCAAAGGUGUUCAGCAGUGCCACGGCUGGGAUCAAGAUGAGACACAUGAGAGAAUCAGCAGUGCAGAAACUCGGAGCUAAAGUUUUUGAGGAGGUCUACAACUACCUCAAGAGGGCGAGGCAGCACCACACCAGUGAGGCAGAGAUCCGGGAGUCUCUAGAAAAAGUAGUUCCCCAGGCCAGCGACUGUUUUGAAGUGGACCAGCUCCUCUACUUCGAGGAGCAGCUGCGGAUGACAGUGGGAGAAGGGCCCACACCCCAGAGCCUCACUGAGCAGCUGUCAGAAACCAGUUCAGGUUCAACAGGACAUGUUGACUCUGUUUUGGAAAGUGGGUGCAGAGCCUGACCUGCUGUCUGUACUUUCAGUUCUGUGUGGAAAGGCAAGGCUCUCCAGAGGACAGGAAAAACGUCUGUCUAUACUGGAGCCAUGGAUCAUAAGCUUUGCUUUGAGAAAAGCUCCCGGAUCAAGUUUGGCUUCCUGAAAAGAAUUUGUUGGCAUGUGCCCUCAGGACUCCUGACAGAGUUGGACCAUCCUGGUAAUGGUCUGGAGGAACCAUCGGCUCUUAUCAUUUCCACUUGGACAGACCAAUGCCUGACCACCUAAGAUCACUGUGUUUAUGGCCAGCCUGUUCCUGAAGGUCACUGGACAGUGACCUCUGACACACUGAGAAGCUGCUAGGGCCAGACACACAGUGUCAGGUGGCUCACUCAUGCCCUUCCAUAACUGACAAGCAGAAAGUGCAGAAUAGGCCAACUAGCUCCCCUGGAUAGUGCAUCUGCUUUGCCAGGAGCCCAACCCAGGUUUGAACCUGGCCCCCUGCUAUGGCUACUCCUCCCCCUUCCCAUUCUCAUGAGAGCUAUUCCCAUAAAAGCCCUCCUUCUGCCGCCCCUCUCUCUCUUGCCGGCCUUUCACUUUGGGGAUCAGACGCAGGGAAGGUUGCUGCACGAGGCGGCCAUCUUUGCUACCUCUAUGUGGUCCAAGCUGCUGCUCUCUCACCCAGCUCUGAGGUGCCAGCGCAAAUAAAGGAUUGAGCUCCCUUUCUGCUUCAAACCUCCUUUUUCGGCGUCCCGCCGCCGCAAGUGACAGUCCCACUGCAUUGGAGGAAACUCCAGUGUUGUAUUGUACCCCUCCUUACCCCUAUCUCUUUCUGGCUGAAGACGUGCAUGUGUGCAAGGACCUGAUUUUAAAAAUC